CCAUCCGAAGGAGAAAAGGCGAACAAUUGAGGCGAAUCUGCUGUUCAUUCCCGGUGGUGACCCGACUCGAUGAACACUGUAUGUCGAUGCAAAAUAUCUCCUGGUCGACAGUCAGAACAGAUCAGCAUAAAUCGCCCGUCUUUCCAUGAGGCCGAUGUCCCCCGGAUGUCCCACGUCAAUGCUGUAAACAUCGGUAGUGCCGUCCACGGCAUGCAACCCACCCUGGGGUUAUCUCGCAACGACGAACCCGGAACUGUCUCUUGCAUAGCGAACAAAGACACACGAAACCGCGGCCAUUCAUUCCACACGAGAAACAGUCCACGGCGUUGUGCACUCGCCUCGUUGCUUCCAUCAUCCGCAUCUGUUCGUCCUUCACGCUCGCGACGUCGAAAUGGCUCCAGUGGAUAUAUCGUCCACAGCCCCCGGCAGUCUGGAGAUAUCAGCGUUGAGAACCCAGUAUUCAGCAAGGGCGGUCAUGCCGGUGGAUAUUGUCAAUCUGGUGUAUGAUCGCAUCGAAGCAUACCGCGACAAGGCUGUCUGGAUCCAUCUGGUCCCGCGAGAAGAAGCCCUAGGAGCGGCCGUCGCUCUCUCCAAGAAACACGCCGGUGGACCACUGCCACCGCUGUACGGGGUGCCCUUCUCGGUCAAAGACUCCAUAGACGUCGCGGGAAUCCCCACCACCGUUGCCUGCCCUUCGUAUGCAUACACUGCUGACCGGACCGCGCCGGUCGUCCAGAAGGUCCUGGACGCCGGAGGCAUCCUGAUUGGCAAGACCAAUCUCGAUCAACUGGCAACAGGGUUGGUAGGCCAUCGCUCCCCAUACGGCACUCCACGAUGUGUUGCGGAUUCGGACUAUAUCUCCGGUGGCAGCUCUUCGGGAGCGGUUGUCAGCGUCGGGGCAGAUCAGGUCUCGUUUGCCAUUGCAACGGACACUGCCGGCAGUACUCGCGUUCCAGCCUCUCUGAACGGCGUGGUGGGCCUGAAGCCGACCUUGGGGACGUUGAGCACGGUAGGCUUGGUUCCCGCCUGCAAGAAUGCUGACUGCAUCACGGUGAUCGCUCGAACCAUCGACGGCGCCAGGGAAGCAUGGCGGGUGAUGAAAGGAUACGACGAAGAGGACACAUAUUCUCGACCAUCAAUCCCCGUAUCACCUCCCUUCCCGUCGCGCAUCAGGUUCGGAGUGCCGCCGGAGACCCUUCUGGCAGUGUUGUCGCCGGCAUACUCGGCCCUGUUUUCACACAGCCUUGGGAUUCUGUCCGGCCAGACCAUAGGCCUUCAGCGGGCAGAGUUCGAUUACACACCCUUUCAGUCUGCCAACGACAUGCUCUACGGAAGUUCCAUCGUUGCUCAACGGCUUGUCGCCUUCCAUGACUAUCUCAAGAUACACGGUACAGCCAAGUUGCACCCCGUCAUACGAACCAUCUUCGAAUCCUCCUCGGGCUUUGACGCGGUGAAGGCAUACCAGGAUAUUUUCGAUCUGGCUCUGUACAGACGUCAGGCUGCACAGCAAUUCGAAAAGAUUGAUGUCCUGAUUGUUCCGUCCACGGUUACACACUUCACCGUCGCCGAGAUUGAAGAAGACCCUAUUGCGAGAAACAAACUCAUGGGGAGCUUCACCCAUUUUGUAAAUCUGCUGGAUCUUUGCGCAGUAGCCGUGCCGACGGGCAAGUGGAAGAAUCCAAAAGGUAAUAUGAUGCCUUUUGGAAUCACGCUUAUUGGACAAGCAGGGAGAGACAGCGAGCUGAUGGCGUUGGGGGAACAAAUUAUGGAGUUUACACACUUGCAUCCACUGGUUUAUCAAUAGUAGCACUCGUCUUUACUUUCUAGCGCUUGGUAGUUCAGGGCUCACGGAAGCACAUGAGCUGCAAUGCUCGACGGAUUCAACACGAGCCGCUUCGUUUAUUAUCGUCCGCACUUGUAUCCCUCACCUCCUCCUUAAUCCGGAACAGAUACCCCGGAAACGUCCCUGCAAAUGCCUAGCAACUCCUCCUGCUUGCUCCCGUUUUGGGCCCCGGGAUGCAUCGACUCCGGCCCGCUCGUCGUGAAGAACGACCCGCUCUUCAAGUUCGCGAACCUGCCCUGUCCAACAGCCCACUCCGCCAGUGUCCUGGCGGGUCUAUCCGUUCCUCCAGGCGCCAUCAUGCCGCCCAUUUUGGUCCUCACCCAGCCCGGGUGCAUGCUCACCACCUGGAGAUCGCGCCAGUGCCGGGCGAAGGCGUUCGCCAGCAUCGUAUCCUGUAAUUUACUGUCGCUGUACGAGUGCGACUGUGUUGCGUUUCUCAGGGUCUCGUCGCCGCCGUAGUGGCUGUCGGAGCUCAGGAAAAGGAGACGCGACCUGGGUUUGUGCAUCAAGCAGGUAAGGAUGUACGGCGCCAGCGUGUUGACCGCAAACACAGCCGAGAUCUUAUCCGCUGUGAUCUCGCGGCUGGACGUCGACCCGUAGCCAAUGCCUGCGUUGUGGAGAACAGCGUCGAAGGGGGUGUUGCUUAAGGCAUUGGCUUCCUCUGCGAGUCUUUUGGUCUCCGAGAUGCGUCGCAAGUCGCCUACCAGAACCGCUUCAGCCCUGGGGACAGCUUUGCGGGUUGAGACCGCGCGGUCUGCGUUUCGAGCAUGGAGCACGACCGAAUGGCCCUGGUCGGCGAGUAUCUUGGCCGUAGCCAGGCCGAUGCCAUCGCUGGAACCGGUAAUAAAUAUCCGAGCCAUGUUUUAUGGGAUAUCGGACGAAUGGAUGGAUUCGAUGGAACGAUUAAACGUGUGUUCUAGUUUUGCAAGUGCUUUGUGUCCAUAAAUACCCUGGAGUCGCUGCAUGAUAUCAUAGCCACUUUGACCCCACGUUGCAUGUUCCGUCGAGCAUGGCCAGGCAGACCGCAUCUCACUAUGGCAUACCGGUGAUGUAAAGCAAUAAUACUAGCCGUACGAUGCAUUGCUGCCUGUUGUAUUCAUUUCAUGCUAUGUAGGAGUGCAGUAGGCGCUCUCCGAGGUUGUAUUCUGCGAUAUAUCUCUAGAAAACGAGGUGCACUUUCAGCCAUCUGUAAAGCAGCGAUGGAGACACCACCGGUUCCCUGCACCAGAACUGUGUCUCCGGGCUUUGGAGACUUGCUUCCCAGCCCAAACAAAGCACUCAUGCCGUUGACCCAGAGCAAGACAG